CUUCACAUCGGCAGUUUCUCCAGAAUCGCGCUCACAGAGAGGAGCUGCUCCGACCUUCAUCAUCAUCAUUCCUUCACUCACUCCUUCAUUCAUUCACUCGUUCAUCAUCAGUGUGGAGAUGUAUGUGUGCAGGAUUCACCCUCAGCUGCUCUCAGGUCAGAUCUUUAAAUAUUAUUAUAUUUAAUUUGAUUUAUUUCGAGUUUCUGUCAUUUUUUAUUUUUGUUGUUUUCUGGGAUGGAUGUGUGUUUUUGUUUUUGUGUGUCUGAGUGUGUGUGUGAGGACUGAAUAUGAUACCACUGCUAUAAUAAUGAUCAAUAAUAAUAAUGAUGAUUGAUGAGAGAGUGACUGUUUCUCCUGGUUAUUGUUCCUCCUUAUUAAACCCUGACUGUCCUCUCUGACUGAUCCGUGUUCCCAGUUUGUUGUAUUGAUUAUUGAUCAGUCGGUUUAUCAGGUGAUCAGUUCAGUAAACAUAAAGGUGACUCUAAAAAGGUCAUGACCCGCCAGCCAGACAACUGUGUGAACUGUUAUUGAUCCGUUUAAUCAGCUGAUCAGUUCAUUUGAUUUGAUCUUAAAGCUCCUCUGAGGAUCUUAGAGUCGGCUCAGGUUUUGGCGCCACCUGUGGACAAGGUCGUGUGUUUUUCAUAUGUUUGUAAAAAGUUGGGUUGGAUAUAGGUUGGAUAUAUUUUCCUGUAAAUACGGCAGUGAAGUUAGUUUUAGGUUGGAUAUAUUUUCCUGUAAAUACGGCGGUGAAGUUAGUUUCAGGUUGGAUAUAUUUUCCUGUAAAUACGGCGGUGAAGUUAGUUUUAGGUUGGAUAUAUUUUCCUGUAAAUACGGCGGUGAAGUUAGUUUUAGGUUGGAUAUAUUUUCCUGUAAACACGGCGGUGAAGUUAGUUUUAGGUUGGAUAUAUUUUCCUGUAAAUACGGCAGUGAAGUUAGUUUCAGGUUGGAUAUAUUUUCCUGUAAAUACGGCGGUGAAGUUAGUUUCAGGUUGGAUAUAUUUUCCUGUAAAUACGGCAGUGAAGUUAGUUUCAGGUUGGAUAUAUUUUCCUGUAAAUACGGCGGUGAAGUUAGUUUCAGGUUGGAUAUAUUUUCCUGUAAAUACGGCGGUGAAGUUAGUUUCAGGUUGGAUAUAUUUUCCUGUAAAUACGGCGGUGAAGUUAGUUUCAGGUUGGAUAUCUGACGGACAUUCUCUGAGGAUCUACCGGUGUCUUCUCACUCUCCAUAACCGGGAAUAACAACAGCAGCGCGGUUAAAUCUACUCGACACCCUCACUGUCAACAUCGGUGUUGAAUAAGGGACCGUCAAUAAAUUACCGGUUGAUGUUCUCAGAAAAGGCUGUUUUCCUUCAAUAGCUUCACUGUCAUGUGACCAAAAGACCUCAAAUUGAUUUCUAAUAAUAGUACUUAGGCCGAUCAAUAAGACACACCUCUUUGUUUCCCUAAUUUUUCCUCUAGCACGUGUGCUCCCUGUGAAAAAAGUAAGUGUCAAGCCCUGUGAACCCAGCAGACCCGGUUCUGGAGUCAGACAGCUGCUGGUUCUGUUUGAUCCGGAUCUUAUAGAGGAGGAACCACAAAAGUGAAACAGUUUCAGAACACAGUCAUUCACUCAAAGAUCAAUAUUUUUACACCAAAUAUGAAGAUGAUUUGAAAAUAAUCAUAUCACUUCUGUUAAAAAUAGUCUGAACUGUUUCCAUAGCAACAGCUAACAUAGCUGUUAUUACUUACAUGAAACUAUCAGUGCGGUUUAUUUUAAGCCUUAAGCCCCGCCCCUUCUUUGGCCUCACCUGUGUCAGCUCAGGUGUAAACAGUCAGCUGUGUUUGUUCGAUAUUUAGGGCAGCGGGACGAUGGAUGUCGUGAUCAUGUGACCAUCCUGACAGAGGGUAUGAUGAUGUCACAUCCUGUCUGAGAGCGCCCACGUGUCUGAAGGUCCUGAAGUGUUGAAGGUCGAUGAAGCUCAGACUCAUCUCCGAAUUUCAGACUCGAUGCUCUCGGUUACAGAAACGUCCGGUCUGUUCAGUGAGAUGAAUAAAUUCACACGUUCAGAGACGGAGGCGAAGCUGUCUGCUUCAUCAGCUCUCUGCUGGGUCAGUGGUUACCACGGCAACAGACAGAGCGCAGAUCCGGGUCUGCAGACUGAAACACUUUGGAUUAAUACAAACCCAGAGACGGAGAAACAGAUUCAUUCAACUUUCUUUUCAGAUCUAAGAAAGUGAAUUUACUGAAAUUUUUCACUUUUCUGUGUUUGAAAAAAGAGUCGUGUUGUUCUGAUCGACGGUGUAAAAUUAAUUUAGGGUCAAACACACCGUAACACCAGAGAUGAAUUUUAACUUUGACUCAUUCUUUUAGCAAAGAGUCUAACACAACUCACCUACUCUCUUCCAGCAGACGCUUGUUUCGGACUACAGCGGGGUGCCGCAGCUCAAGGAAGAACAUUUAUGAUCAUUUCCUCAUGGAAAUACAAUCAGACCGAGACGCUAAGGCGGAAGAACUACUGCGUCUGUAAAAUGAUUAAUAUGGUGAUUAUUACUUCAAGGAAAUGAUAAAGAAAUGAUCAUAAAUGUUCUUCCUUGAGCUGCGGCACCCCGCUGUAGUCUGUAAUGGACUGGCCUGAGGUCUCUCUACAAACAAGCGUCUGCUGGAAGAGAGUAGGUGAGUUGUGUUUAGUCUCUUUGCUAAAGAAAUGAGUCAAAGUUAAAAAGAUGUUUGGUGUCUAGUACUAUGUCUGUGACCCUAUAUGUCCUGUUGAUGAAGUUAGGUGCUGUUCUGAGCAUUAUUUGUGUCUAUAGAGUGGCGUUUUGGUUGGGGGCGUGGCUCUCUGUAUUGCUAUCCUGCGGUCGUUACUAAAGUUGGUAUAACUAGAGAAGCAAGCGGUCGACAACAUUCAUCUCUGAGGGGGGGGUCUAACUCGGUGUUACGGUGGGUUUGACCCUAAUUUUACGCUGAAAUGUCCCUUUAACAUCAGCUCUUCCUCCAUCAGACACUCCCACAUCCCUCUGUGGGGUGUUCCUUUUUACACAGCUGUGUCGUUUCCUGCUGCUUUUGUCUCCAGUUUGUGUCUCCGAGCUUCAUGAAGGUCUUUGGAGGACCAGCUGAGACUCUGAUCCAGCUUAUACCGGUCUUUGUUUACAUCGUCAGUGAAGUGGCGAGCGCUAACAGAGGAAACAGCUGAGGCGUUUAAAUCAGCUGUUUUUGUUUUUGUUGACCUCCACAGCGGCGCUCCUGCUGAUCUCGUGGCGGUGCGUUCAGGGUCUGCAGGUGGACGUCGUUCCCAAAUAUCCUCUGAUGGAGCUGGGGGGGCGGAGCCAGCUGGUGUGCGCGGUCAGGGACUGCCCCACGACGCCGAGCGUGUCCUGGUCUCCGCUGGGGGACCGCCCCCUGACGGCCUCCAUCAGCACCAACAGAACGGGCUCCGUGUUGACCUUUGACCCCGUGAUGAUGGAGCAUGAGGGGGCGCUGCUGUGCAAAGUGGACUGUGGAGGAGAGAAGAGGCAGAUCGAGGCGUCCGUCAGAGUCUACGGUGAGUCCAGACGUCAGUCUGAGCAAUGAGUACUGUCAGGACUCAAACAGGAAACUGUUUUUAUUUACGUUUAUCACAAUUUCCAAACUUUAAUGGAGGUGGGUUUUUAACAAAGACCUUCAUAUCCAUGUUGGUCGUCUGUGGUUCACGUAUCUUAGUUCCCUGCAGUCAUCAGCUAACUGCUCUCUGAUUGGUUCCCUUACUCAGCCUUCCCAUCAGCCCCUGUGAUCAGAGGUCAGGACAGCCUGAGGUUGGGGGUGGAGUCUAUUCUCACCUGUCAGGCGUCUGGGGUUUAUCCCUCUGAGCUGCUGACCCUCACCUGGCUGAGAGGAGAUCACGUCCUGCAGAGCAUCACCGGAGAUCCUGAGUCCAGCUCGGUCCAGUCUGAGUACAGGUUUACCCCUCAGGACCAGGACUCAGGAGGAACCAUCAGCUGCAGAGCCACACUGGACCUGCAGGAUCUGGACCCACAGGACCGGACCAGAGAGACCACCGUCCCCCUAAACCCACUCUGUGAGUCCCACACAGUUCUCUAGUCUGAUCCUGAGGGGAACAUGUCCUCAGGGGGUUUGGUUUGGACCACAGAGUCCAGACUGAGGACCAGGUCUGAUCUCUUAAUUCAGAUUAUUGUAGACCUAAAUCCUGAACCCUGAUUACCCGUCCUCCUCCUCCUCUGCAGACCCUCCUGUCGUCACGGCGACCCCAAACUCCAUGGUCGUGAUGGCCGGCUCUCAUCUCACCCUGAACUGCUCAGCCCAAGGAAACCCAGAGCCCACACUCACCUGGACCUUCAGGAGAGCCAGUGGGGGGUCUGAGGUACGAGGUCAAGGCCAUCAGCUGGUCCUGGACCCCGUGAGUCUGUCUGACUCUGGACAGUAUGACUGUGAAGCCGAGAACAGUGAAGGACACCAGACUGCAGCUGUGGAGGUCAAAGUUCAUGGUGAGAGUGAAGCGUCUGUUUUAUAGAAGAUCUCUGAGGGCGGCCAAUAAGAAAAGAGCACUCAAGUUUUUACAUAUUAAAAAUAAUAAUAAUAAUAAUAAUAUAAUAAUAAUAAUAACAAUAAUAAUAAUAAUAAUAAUAAUAAUCAUUAUUAUUAUUAUUAUUAUUAUUAUUAUUAUUAUUAUAUUUAUUAUUAUUUUAUUAAUAUUAUUAUUAUUAUUAUUAUUAUUAUUUCAUUAUCUUUAUUAUCAUUAUUAUUUUUUUUGUAUUUAGUUUUUUUGUAUUGUUAUUUUUAUUUAUCUUAUUAUCACUUUUUUUAAGCGCUAAUCAAACGUUAAUAUCAAAGGUUUGGGCUCCGCCCCUUCUUCUGUACCUGUCCUCAGUUUUGUCCGCCUCUCAUCCCACAGCUCCGCCCACCAACACCUCCCUCCUACUGAGUCCAGGUGAGGAGGUGGUGGAGGGCCAGCAGGUGACAUUAACCUGUCUCUCAGAGGGAGCCCCGCCCCCCGAACUCGUGCUAAAAAGGGGAGAGGUGGAGCUCAAGAAGUCUGACUCCGCCUCCUCCUCACUACUCUUCAACAUCUCCUUCGCCCAGCUGAAAGACUCCGCCCACUAUCAGUGUGAAGCCUCCAAUCCGCUGGGAUCUCAGCUGGUCAGCCGAUCGCUCACAGUCACAGGUGCUGCUCAUCUUCACUGUUCACACCUGAGUCCAAACAUCAAACACACACGGCUUUGUCACCUGACUCACCUGACUCACCUGACUCUUGUUCUGUGGUUCUGUCAGCCCACCCUCUGCAGGUGGAGGUGAGUCCUUCUCUCUCCGCAGCGGAGCGGGGUUCAGGUUUGAAUCUCACCUGCAGAGCGUCUGGAUGUCUCCGCCCCCCCACCCUCACCUGGAGGAGGACAGACGAUGAAGGAGUGGUCCUCCAAGGGACACAGGGACAGGACGGCCUCUACCUGCUCCACCUGCAGGACCUGGACCUCCAGGAGCGAGGAGGAUUCACCUGUGAGGCCGAGUGUGACGCCGUCAUCAGGACCGCCAACGCACAGAUCGACAUCUACUGUGAGUACAGAUACAUAGAUCCACAUCUACUGUGAGUAUAGAUACAUAGAUCCACGUCUACUGUGAGUAUAGAUACAUAGAUCCACGUCUACUGUGAGUAUAGAUACAUAGAUCCACAUCUACUGUGAGUAUAGAUACAUAGAUCCACAUCUACUGUGAGAAUAGAUAUAUAGAUCCACAUCUACUGUGAGUAUAGAUACAUAGAUCCACAUCUACUGUGAGUAUAGAUACAUAGAUCCACAUCUACUGUGAGUAUAGAUACAUAGAUCCACGUCUACUGUGAGUAUAAAUACAUAGAUCCACGUCUACUGUGAGUAUAGAUACAUAGAUCCACGUCUACUGUGAGUAUAGAUACAUAAAUCCACAUCUCCUGUGAGUAUAGAUAGAUAGAUCUUCUUCCACUGCGAGUAUAGAUAGAUAGAUUGAUAGAUCCACGUCUACUGUGAGUAUAGAUACAUAGAUCCACAUCUACUGUGAGUAUAGAUACAUAGAUCCACGUCUACUGUGAGUAUAGAUACAUAGAUCCACGUCUACUGUGAGUAUAGAUACAUAGAUCCACAUCUACUGUGAGUAUAGAUACAUAGAUCCACGUCUACUGUGAGUAUAGAUACAUAGAUCCAUGUCUACUGUAAAUAUAGAUACAUAGAUCCACGUCUACUGUGAGUAUAGAUACAUAGAUCCACGUCUACUGUGAAUAUAGAUACAUGGAUCUGUGUCUACUGUGAGUAUAGAUAGAUAGAUUGAUAGAUCCACGUCUACUGUGAGUAUAGAUAGAUAGAUACCUAAGUAUAGAUAGAUAGAUAGAUAGAUAGAUUGAUAGAUGGGGGGGACAUCUAGCUGCUAGAUUCUAGAGUUAGAUGCUCAUUCUAGAUUGAUAUUUAAACACAGGGAUGAAUUUCCAGACUGCACCUUUAAUUCAGCAGUAAUCAGGAGCAGCAUCUGGAUCAGGUCCGAUGGUACCACAUUCCUGCAGGUCUCAGAGGGGGGUCCUUGUAAGUCCACGUCCUGGACUCGAGUCAGUGUGUUUGGACAGAGAGAGGAGGUCAGAGGUCACACCUCCUCCUCGCACAGAUCUGUUUCUAAUCUGAGUCCUGACCCCGCAGGAAGUGACACAACAGGAGAGGAGGAAUCCAAAGACCUCCUCCCACACACACACACACACACACACACACACACGCACACAGCAGAGUGAGGUCCUCCCCCGCAGAGACAGUGUGUCUCAUAAUAAGUUAAAGAUCUGACAGUCUGAUCCUGUUACACACACACACACACACACACUCAGACUGUUCGAACUCUCCUGAAACUUCGGACAGUCUGUCCCUGAAACUUUGCGGAGAUAUUCGGUGACUCUGUGUCAGUCCGAGUCCGACCGUUAAAGAUCUCAGAGCUGCAGUGAAGCAGAGUCCGUUUCUAUGGCGACAGUUCUGGCGCUGUAUAUCUCUGUUUCUUGUGAAGAGCAUUACAAGUACAUGAAGUAAACAUCCUGACCCCGCCCACUCGCCCACACUGGAUUUCAUGAGGGUGACCAGCUGUGUUUAGACCUGGUCUCACUCCUCAGGGUGAAAACGUCUGAAGUCACACCUGCCAUCAGCUGAUUCUCCCUCUCCUGUUAAAGCGCCAACACUCAGUUCGUUUACAGUCUCAGUUUAAUCGGACUAAACUCAUAAUUCGUCUUUUUCUCUGAAUCAGACUUCUCUCCUCGUCCUUGUUUACAUGCAGCUGAGAAAAUCGAAUUAUUGACGUGAACGUGUCCUCCUCCCCAACACUAGGGGGCGAUGUGGGUCUUUUCAGCUGCGCUGUUUCCGACCCCAUCCAACCGUCAACAACAACAGCAGGUCGGUGUCAGACGUCAGAAGUGUCUACAACUGCUGCUGGGCAUUUUGGAGAAACAAGAAGAUGGAGCAUCGUACAGCGUUGUUUUUGUCCGACAUGAUGGACGCGCUACUUUUUCUAAAGAUGAGACCAACGCUACUCCUCUACUCUGGGGGUUUUGUUACGGGGUUAUGGGGGCGUGGCAUCAUACUCCGACUACGCUGGUUACAUGGGAGAGAAAAUCAAACUCCAAUCAGAUUAUCUGGGUGUCUUAAUCAGAGUUCUUAAACUCUGAUUAUAGUCGGACUAAAGUGUUUACAUGACCUUCAGUUGUCCGGUCUUUAUCGGAAAAAGGCGAUAAUUCAGUUUUCUUGAGUGUCAUGGAAACAGACUGAAUGAUUUCUAAGAUCUGAGGUCUGAGCGUCUUCUGUGUUCCCUCUGCAGCCUUCCCAUCCGAUCCAGCUCUGAGGUACCCCGGUCCCAUCCUGCUGGAUCAGGAGCUGGUCCUUAGCUGCGAUGUCAGCGAUGUCUUCUCAGCCAAUCAGAUGAGGCUCCAGUGGCUGAUGGGAAAUACGACGCUGGCGUCAGAGUCCUUCACGUUCUCGGGUUCCUUACAGAACGUCUCGUCUGUUCUUCAGUACCGGGUCACAGAGGAGCAGCUGGUUCUGACCUGCAGGGCCGAGCUGCUGACGGGGGACGGGGACUUGUGGAGGACCAGAGAGACCAGAACUGACCUGCAGGUCCACUGUGAGUGUCCGAGGAGAGGAUCUAGCAUAGAUAUAAGAUAGAUAGAAAGAUAGAUAGAUAGAUAGAUAAGUAUAGAAAGAUAGAUAGAUAGAUAGAUAGAUAAGUAUAGAAAGAUAGAUAGAUAGAUAGAUAAGUAUAGAUGUAUAGAUAGAUAGAUAAGUAUAGAUAGAUGUAUAGAUAGAUAGAUAAAUAGAUAAGUAUAGAUAGAUAGAGAGAUAGAUAGAUAAGUAUAGAUAGAUAGAUAGAUAAGUAUAGAAAGAUAGAUAGAUUAGUGUAGAUAUAGAUAGAUUAGUAUAGAUAUAGAUAGAUUAGUAUAGAUUAAUAUAGAUAGAUAGAUAGAUAGAUAAGUAUAGAUAGAUAGAGAGAUAGAUAGAUAAGUAUAGAUAGAUAGAUAGAUAAGUAUAGAUAGAUAGAUAGAUAAAUAGAUAGAUAGAUAGAUAGAUAGAUAAGUAUAGAUAGAUAGAUAGAUAGAUAAGUAUAGAAGUAUAGAUAGAUAGAUAAGUAUAGAUAGACAGAUAGAUAGAUAGAUAGAUAGAUAGAUAGAUAGAUAAGUAUAGAAAGAUAGAUAGAUUAGUGUAGAUAUAGAUAGAUUAGUAUAGAUAUAGAUAGAUUAGUAUAGAUUAGUAUAGAUAGAUAGAUAGACUUUAUUUAUCUUGGGGUAAAUUCGUUAAAAUUUGUUAAAAUUCGUUAAAAUUGUUCAAAUCCUGGUUCCUGGUAUCUUUCUUCAUACUUCCUGAGAUCUUCUCUGAACUCUUCAAACCCGGGUCUUCCUCACAGCUGACGCUCGGGUCGAAUUGUUGUGUUAAUCUAUUUUAAACCGACUGUGACAUCACUCCCACCUCUAGCAGGGAUUGGUCAGCGGUGAGGAGGCGGUGGACAUUUUCCCGUCACUGUCGUUUUUAGUCUGCAGACAGCUGGAGUGAACGGUGUGAAAGGUCUCAGUGGGUCUGUGUGAACAUGUGACACGUUAUCAGCAUGUUUAAAUAGAUCUGUGACCUUUGACCUCCAGACUCAGUCAGGGUCAUACAGACUCUUCUGAACAUAGACGACGAGCAGAGUAAACGUAUAUGCAGACGAUGGAGUUUUUAAUCUGUGAGACUCUGACGGUCUAAUAAAUCUUAAGAGCUGACCCCUCUCUCGUUCAUUAAUCCCUCCAUCACAGGUUCAUACUCUGAUUCAGGAUUUUAACUCAGUCCGGGUCUGUUUGGUUCUCAGAUCCUCCGAGGAACACCUCCUUCUCCCUGAGUCCAGGUGAGGAGGUGGUGGAGGGCCAGCAGGUGACCUUCACCUGUCACUCAGAGGGAGUCCCACCUGCCGCUCUGGUGUUGAGAAGGGACGGGGUGGAGCUCCAAAGAUCUGAACCCUCAUCCUCUUCGCUCUCCUUUAACGUUUCCUCCGCACGUCUGGAAGACUCCGCCCACUAUCAGUGUGAAGCCUCCAAUCAGCACGGAUCUCAGCAAGUCAGCAGCUCGCUCACAGUCAGAGGUACUGCUCACCCAAAAAAUACAGAUGUGACUUUAAUUCACACACCUGACCUUCAUUUACACACACCUGACCUUAAUCUACACACACCUGACCUUAAUGAACACACACAUGACCUUAAUGAACACACACCUGACCUUAAUCUACACACACCUGACCUUUAUCUACACACACAUGACCUUAAUCUACACACACCUGACCUUAAUCUACACACACCUGACCUUCAUUUACACACACCUGACCUUAAUUUACACACACCUGACCUUAAUCUACACACACCUGACCUUAAUCUACACACACCUGACCUUAAUCUACACACACCUGACCUUAAUUUACACACACCUGACCUUAAUCUACACACACCUGACCUUAAUGAACACACACAUGACCUUAAUCUACACACACCUGACCUUAAUCUACACACACCUGACCUUAAUCUACACACACCUGACCUUAAUCUACACACACCUGACCCUAAUCUACACACACCUGACCCUAAUCUACACACACCUGACCUUAAUGAACACACACCUGACCUUAAUCUACACACACCUGACCUUUAUCUACACACACCUGCCCUUAAUGAACACACACCUGACCUUAAUCUACACACACCUGACCUUUAUCUACACACACCUGCCCUUAAUCUACACACACCUGCCCUUAAUCUACACACACCUGACCUUCAUUUACACACACCUGACCUUAAUGAACAUACACCUGACCUUCAUUUACACACACAUGACCUUAAUCUACACACACCUGACCUUAAUCUACACAAACAUGACCUUAAUCUACACACACCUGACCUUAAUCUACACACACAUGACCUUAAUCUACACACAUCUGACCUUAAUCUACACACACAUGACCUUAAUCUACACACAUCUGACCUUAAUGAACACACAUCUGACCUUAAUCUACACACAUCUGACCUUAAUCUACACACACAUGACCUUAAUCUACACACAUCUGACCUUAAUCUACACACACAUGACCUUAAUCUACACACAUCUGACCUUAAUGAACACACACCUGACCUUAAUCUACACACAUCUGACCUUAAUCUACACACAUCUGACCUUAAUCUACAUACACAUGACCUUAAUCUACACACACCUGACCUUCAUUUACAAACACCUGACCUUAAUCUACACACACCUGACCUUAAUGAACACACACCUGACCUUAAUCUACACACACCUGACCUUCAUUUACACACACCUGACCUUAAUGAACACACACCUGACCUUAAUCUACACACACCUGACCUUAAUCUACACACACCUGACCUUAAUCUACACACACCUGACCUUAAUUUACACACACCUGACCUUAAUCUACACACACCUGACCUUAAUGAACACACACAUGACCUUAAUCUACACACACCUGACCCUAAUCUACACACACCUGACCUUAAUCUACACACACCUGACCUUAAUCUACACACACCUGACCCUAAUCUACACACACCUGACCUUAAUCUACACACACAUGACCUUAAUCUACACACACCUGACCUUAAUCUACACACACCUGACCUUCAUUUACACACACCUGACCUUAAUGAACACACACCUGACCUUAAUCUACACACACCUGACCUUUAUCUACACACACCUGACCUUAAUCUACACACACCUGCCCUUAAUCUACACACACCUGACCUUCAUUUACACACACCUGACCUUAAUGAACAUACACCUGACCUUCAUUUACACACACAUGACCUUAAUCUACACACACCUGACCUUAAUCUACACAAACAUGACCUUAAUCUACACACACCUGACCUUAAUCUACACACACAUGACCUUAAUCUACACACAUCUGACCUUAAUCUACACACACAUGACCUUAAUCUACACACAUCUGACCUUAAUGAACACACACCUGACCUUAAUCUACACACAUCUGACCUUAAUCUACACACACAUGACCUUAAUCUACACACAUCUGACCUUAAUCUACACACACAUGACCUUAAUCUACACACAUCUGACCUUAAUGAACACACACCUGACCUUAAUCUACACACAUCUGACCUUAAUCUACAUACACAUGACCUUAAUCUACACACACCUGACCUUCAUUUACAAACACCUGACCUUAAUCUACACACACCUGACCUUAAUGAACACACACCUGACCUUAAUCUACACACACCUGACCUUUAUCUACACACACCUGACCUUAAUCUACACACACCUGACCUUAAUCUACACACACCUGACCUUCAUUUACACACACUUGACCUUAAUGAACAUACACCUGACCUUCAUUUACACACACAUGACCUUAAUCUACACACACCUGACCUUAAUCUACACAAACAUGACCUUAAUCUACACACACCUGACCUUAAUCUAGACACACAUGACCUUAAUCUACACACAUCUGACCUGACCUUAAUCUACACACAUCUGACCUUAAUCUAGACACACAUGACCUUAAUCUACACACAUCUGACCUGACCUUAAUCUACACACAUCUGACCUUAAUCUACACACAUCUGACCUUUAUCUACACACACAUGACCUUAAUCUACACACACCUGACCUUCAUUUACAAACACCUGACCUUAAUUUACACACACCUGACCUUAAUGAACACACACCUGACCUUAAUCUACACACACCUGACCUUUAUCUACACACACCUGACCUUUAUCUAUACACACCUGACCUUAAUCUACACACAUCUGACCUUAAUGAACACACACCUGACCUUAAUCUACACACAUCUGACCUUAAUCUACACACACAUGACCUUAAUCUACACACACCUGACCUUCAUUUACAAACACCUGACCUUAAUUUACACACACCUGACCUUAAUGAACACACACCUGACCUUAAUCUACACACACAUGACCUUAAUCUACACACACCUGACCUUAAUCUACACACAUUUGACCUUAAUCUACACACACCUGACCUUAAUCUACACACACCUGACCUUAAUGAACACACACCUGACCUUAAUCUACACACAUCUGACCUUAAUCUACACACACCUGACCUUAAUCUACAAACACCUGACCUUAAUGAACACACACCUGACCUUAAUCUACACACACCUGACCUUAAUCUACACACACCUGACCUUUAUCUACACACACCUGACCUUUAUCUAUAAACACCUGACCUUAAUCUACACACGCCUUACUCCAUAAUCCAAACUUGUAUUUGAUUAAAGCACCUGCUGUUUUAUCACACCUGACUGAACUGAGUUCACUUUUACCUUACAUUGGUCUUUCAUUAACACCUGACCUACAGUAUUGCACCUUUUUAAAUUAGCACACCUGUGCUGUCAGUUAGAGCUGAAUGUAGGGGAACAUUCCUGCUGAUAAAACAAAGCUUGAGUAGAUAUACUGGAGCUCUGUUCAGAGUCUACAGGUAGAUCUUGGCCUGUCAGAGUCCUGUCAGGUAGAUGACACCUGUAUGCAGUUAAAGAGACAGAGCUGUGAACAGAGGGGGUUUAUUCCUCCUGUGCUGCUUGUUGAGCUCGCUGCCUUCAGUUCCUGUGAUCACAGAGUCGGAUCUGUUCUCACAGAGACUUAAAGGAUGUUAAAAAAGGAUGGCGAUACUAAGAGAUGAUGUCGAAACUAAAAACAUUUGGAAACAGUCAAGGACCGAGGACAGAGCCCUGUGGGGCCCCGUCUAAUCUCUCUGAUGAGAAACAUUAAAAAGGGGAGUUUCCAGACAGUUCUUCUUCUGCUUUGUGUUUUGCUGUGAUUUCUUCCUCCUGUGCUGACGGCUGUUAUCAGAGGAGCAGACCUCUCACUCCUCCUUAUGAAGAGCUGAGAGCUUCAGCAGACAGAAAUAACCUCUGAGGAAUCUGUGAAGGCUCUCUGCAGACCGAGCUGACAGUUACUCUACGACCAGGUCCAGGUGUGUGUGUGUGUGUGUGUGUGUGUGUGUGUGUGUGUGUGUGUGUGUGUGUGUGUGUGUGUGUGUGUGUGUGUGUGUGUGUGUGUGUGUGAUUAAAUAAUGAUUUUAGGAAACAGCAUUUACAGACUUCUCUGUAAACAUGACAGGAACUGAAAAGAUUAAAAUGUUUGUUUAAAUAGGAAGCGAGCUGUGUGACCAACACUCAUGUGGUCAGAUGAUGAUGAUUGGGGGGGUCCAGUAUCAGGUGAUGACGUGAGUGUGUUAAAGGGUUAACAACAGGUCAAUAGGGUCAACUCAGCAGCUCACUGACAGGACUGAGUUAUCAGGGGAGGGUCUGCAGCUCGGGUCCACUCUGGAGUUUUCAGAAAUUAUCCAAAAAGUUAAGCUCGGAAAUUUUGGAAAUAUUCCAAAUUGGAAACUGUCCAUGGGAAUUAACUGGAAAUUAACUAUCAUAUCCAAACAUAAAUGUUAAUAUUUUAGUUUUGUCAUAAGCAGACAUCCGUGUAAAAUAAUACAAUUAAAAAACAUUUCAACAGAUUUAUUGGAGUGGCGGUGGCGAACGUGGCGUUUAUCUGUAGAAUAAAGUAACAAAAAAGCUUGUAAGAACACUAAUGCAAUGGCAUGAACAGAAAUAUAGUCGGCUAAACAACUGGAAUGGUCUUCAAAAUAUUAAACAAUUGAUGUAUAAAUGAUUGUUUGGUUACAGAAAACCGUCUGUCAGGAGUCUGAAGAAACAGCGUCACAUUUGACCACCACCAUAAUAAGCCAGACCCUUAAAUGAGAACAAAGUUUAGUUAUUGAUUGACAUUGAUAAAGUUUGUAAAGAUGUUUCUCUCAUCUGGAGGACAUCUUCAGCUGUGACUUGUUUGUCGAGGACCUAAAUCAAGGAUUUGAGAAAGGUCUCCUCUAAAUCAGUGAGCAUGUGCAAAGGAUUAAUGCGCCACAAACUGAGGAGCAGCGCCUUAGCCUCUAAAGUAACCUGGAUAUAAACUUUAAGAGAACUUUCCCUCUAAAUCCAGCUCGUAUACGUGAGAAGAAUUUAAGGCUGUCAGGAAGAGAGUGCACAGCACAGCUCUGUGCAGCAGAGAGGGAAGAUGCCGACAGAUAAUCUCACAGUAAAAUGAAAAACUGAGCAGAGCUGCGGAGCCCCACAGGUGCUUUUAGAGAGCGAGAAUCUGCAGCAUAUACACUACAGACCAUCAUGAAGAAGGAACAGUACCACUCCAUCCUCCAGCACCAUGCUGCUCCAUCUGGACUCAGACUUGUGGCUCAUAAGUUUGUUUUGCAGUAAGACAAUGACCCUAAGCUCUCUGCCAAGCUCUGUCAGGGUUACCUACACUAAAAAGAAGAGGAAGGUGUUCUUCAAAAGAUGGUUUGGCCCCCUCAGUCUCCAGACCUUUCUCCAGUUGAACUUGUGCGGAUGAAUCGGAUCGAUCGGUCAGAAAAACUCGUCCCACGAAUCAGCGUCUCUUUUUAAUGAACUUAAGAAAGCUUGAAUGUAAUCCCUGGAACAGACCUUAGAAAACUUGGUGAACUUGGCCUGGUAUAUGCCGAGCUGUUGUUAAAGCCAGAGGAGGUAACUUUAAAGAAAGUCUAACAACAAAAACUCAAAUACCUUAGAAUUAUAGUCAGAAUGUCUUCUGAUAAGUUACUCUUUACACAAAUUAUAUUUAUGAAACUAUGAUCUUGUUUUGUACAAAUCUUGUUUCCAGACUUUUGGCCUGUAGUGAAUGUCCUCAUGAGUUUGAUCUGUGUAUAACCUCCUGACUGAAAUCAUGUGGAGAACUUCGAUUUAAAGGAAACUGGAGCAAAAAACUGCAGAAACACAAAAAACAGCUCUGCUUCACUCGGACGUCAUUCCUCCAUAUUAAAUGUCCCAAAACAUGUGUGCCAGAAAUCCCAGCAUGCUCUGCUAAACCAGGUCACACGUUUUAGUAUGCAUACCAGCAUCCGUCUUGAGCAUGUUGACCUACAAUCCUCCGCAGAGCAGAGCAGAGCGGAGUCAUGCAACCCAGAUGUCAGAGUUUGAUGAAAAACUCUGAUUUAGAAACAAAGACGGUUUGAAAGAAGAAGAAAAGGAGGAUAAAGUGAUUAAAAUUCUUUCUGAAAAACUAAACCGUGAAACACGCCCAACAGAGGAGGAGGCAGAAAUCAAAAGUUCAAGUCCGUUUAAUAUUAGUUUGGCACAGGCACAGGUUUCCAGGGGCAACGUCAGAGUCAGGAGGUUCUAACCUGGAACGAACAUGAGGAGAAGACUGGGACGCAGAGGUUCAAGAUGAGGGAGAGGAGGGGUCAGAUUUAAUACACAUGAGGAGUGGGGAUAAUAAGACACAGGUAAGACAGGUGAGAGUAAACCGAGGAGCGGGAAACACAGACAGGACCUGAACUGAGAGACGAGAGUUUAUUUAAAAAACAACCAAAAGACAGAAACACACAAAUACAUACACACACAAACUGGGUCCAGUCCAAUCCAAGUGUAUUAAAACAACAAGAGGUUUGAAGAUUAAGACCUGUUCAAACACUGGGAGAGGGAGAUAGUGGAGUUACAAAGAGGACUCUGAUUCAGAGCCAAGAACUAAAGAGUCACCGUGUUAAAAACAGCUGAACACGAGGAAACAGAGCUGCUGCUGAGGACACGGCGGCACCGUCCCGUUCCUGCACACUUCACUGAGCGCGCUCGGCUGCACGCCUUACUGUAGAGACGUUUUAACGCAGCAGAGGUCCGUUUUCCUUCGGUGGUUCACAGAGACGAGGAGCAGGGAGAAGACUGUCCCUGUCCUCCACACUUCACUGAAUUUAUUAUCAUCCUUUAUUUACACUUCAGAGGAACUCGGCCCCACCCAGCUCUUCAUGCUGUCUCUGAUUUGAACAGUCUCAUGUGGAUCUAAUGCCUGUUCAGGGUCUUUGCUGCUGCUCUCCCUGCACUGACUUUUCAUGUGUGCCGACAAAAUUCAGGAACUGGAGAGAGCUAAAUGAACAGUUUGUAUCUGCAUCUUUUUUUUGUGCAAAGCUAAAACUGUCCAGGCUCUGUCUCUGAUGGUACCGGUCCAUGUGAGACAGCAGUCUUUGCUACUUCUCUACCUGCCUCAGAUCAAAAACCUGUGAAUCUAACAGAGCUGUAGGCAACAGUUUCCUUUCUCAUGUAGUUUUUGUGCAAAGCUAAAGUUGUCCUGCUUCUGAUAACAGCGGUCUUUGUACGACAGCGGUCUUUGCUGCUUCUCUACCUGCCGGGACUUUUCAUAUAUGCACAUGAAAUAAGGUGGAGCAGGUGUGUUUUCCCCACCUUUGCUCCUUCACAUGAGCAUCUGGAAGGGCAGGAAACUUUUAGCACAGAGCUGUACCACCAAAUAUGACUUACUGCAUAAACUAAUGAUGUCUCUGAGCAGAAGUGGUGCUGACUAAAGUGUCAGUAGCCACGUUUACAUGCAGACUUUUUUCUCAUUCGGAUUAUAAUCACUCCGAUUGAAGCUCCCAGGCGAACUGUUUACAUGGAAGCGAUCUAUUCUGAUCUGGUGUUUACAUGUGCCACGGCAUUCAAUCGGAACAGCUAUUUACAGACACGUGAUACCUUCAAACAUCACGUGAUUGAUCAAAGAUGGAGGUCUUUCGUCUGUUAAGCAGAGUAGUAGCGAUUGUUUUUUCACUUUUAUUAAAGCAACAGCUUGCCACCAACGCGCUCUUACUGGACGCUCUUACUGGACGCUCUUACUUACUCUUACUUUUCCAGCGGUUCCUAAUCUGUUCGACGUUACGGUCCACCCCUGCCUCGCAGAGUUUUUCAUGAACUUUUUUAAAUAGUUCAGCAUUUCGUGUUUUCCUACCGUCUAAGCGUGCGACAAUGUCUAGUUCUUUGAGAGUUUGUAUCAAAAACAAACUCUCCGACACAGACCAGUGCCUCGUGCUCUGCCUCGAAGCCGCCAUCAUGUUUCCAUGUGAGUCAUACGUCACUGCUUGUUUACAUCAGGACAGAGCAUGCGCAGACAGAACCCAGCCUGACAAAUUUCCGAUUCACCGUUUACAUGACAGGAUUUUGCUUUUAAUCGGAAUGGGAAAAGGAAUAUUCUACCCCUGUGAAUCGGAAUGAAAUUCCAUUCGGAAUGGGCCUGUUUAUUCCGAAUGAGGUGUUUAUAUGGAGCAUUUUCAUUCCGAUUGGGCUUCUAAUCCGAUUAUAUUCGGAAUAUUUGGCUCCAUGUAAACGUAGCUACUGAUACUUUCCAGAACAACUUCACACUUAGAUUGGAAACAACUCCAUCGCAUUAAUCAGCUGAAUCAAUAAAAUCAUUAAAAAUACUUGGAUCAAAGAGAGGAUGUUGAAUGUUUGUUCUCCGUGAGUUCCUCAGCCUUGAUGCUUUACCCCCGAUCUCCACCUUCAUCCUGAUCGUCUCCUAAAAGGUCGUAUCCUCCGAUCGUAGCUGAUCGGAACCAUUCAAGUUAACGUGUCAAUUUAACAGCGAAAAUUGCUGCUGUUCCGAUGCGGUGGAAAUUCGGGGUUAGUCACUGCCUCUGUUGGCCAGGAGAGGAACUGCAGGAUAAAACAUGUGCGGGUCGUUGGUUCAUUGACUUGAACGUUCGUUCCUCAGAGGGUUUAUUUUGACUCUUUGUGAAUCACGGCUCAAACUUUCACUUGUUUCCUUCUGUCCAGCUCCUCCCAGGAACACCACAGUCCUCGUCCUGCCAUCUACGGUGGUCCAGGAGGGCCAAAACAUCACCGUCUGCUGCCACACUGUCAGUUUCCCUCCUUCGGCGGUGAUCCUGAAGAAGCUGACCAACGGGAUGGAGUUAUACUCAUCCAACGGCACCUUCCUGUUGGUCAACGUCACAGCAAGAGAUUCAGGGGUCUAUCAGGUCAACGUGACCAACGACCUUGGGUUCCAGGUCAAAGUGUUCAGGAUCAACGUCACAGGUAAGUUACACCUGUCAGCUCUUCUUCAUAAAGAAAACCUGGUCUGAGUUUAUUCUGAAGUCUUCUUCUGGUGUCUGCAGAGAGAAGAUCUGACCUUCCUCCCAGGAUCAGCUCCGUCAUCAUCCCCAUCCUCUGCACAGCCGCCGGACUGGCUGCUGCCGCUCUACUCAUCGACUACCUGAGGAGAUCCAGGAAGAAGGGUUUCUAUCAGCUGCCUCAGUCCGCUCCACCCUCAGCCUAAAACCGAUCCUGGACCACUUCAGUACCCCAAACUGUUCCAUCAUGGGGCCGCCGUGCUCUUAAAUCUGGAUGUCAUGUCUGAAUAUGUGACGACCAACGUUCAUCAUGUGGCCUUUAUAUCUCCGUCCGUGACAUCUGACCGUCACUCAUAGCUUUGAAAUGCUAACGUGCGGCGUCUUCAUCCGUCCGUCAUGUGACCUUUUUGGAAAACAUGUGGCUAAGUCGGGUUCAAGACGACCAUGCCUUAACAUGACGCCACGAUCAAGUCUGUUUGUGCCAUCCGUGAUUUAUGGCCAGUAUGUUUGACCACUUUGUCUUUGCCUUGUGGUUUUCUUGAGCUCUCAUGUUGUACUCACGUCCUUCUACGCUGCCGAACUUUAGCUGCUAAUUUUCAUCGAUGAUCAGCACUGCCGAAUACGUGGCUUUAUCGUCCUGAAAUGUGACAAUCUAACCGUAAAUAUGGAUCUCACGUUUUAUCGUACGGCUCCGAACUUCAAACAUGUGACACCAUCUACCUACACGUCAUAACCAAGUAUUGAAAUGUCGCUUGUCAAGCUGUGAGGCUCUGAUGGCCAAAAGAUUUGACCACCAUGCCUGAACAUGUGUCUACUGGAACCAUCAGCUGUUCCAGGACAUCAGUUCAUAUAGGGUGACCAUACGUCCUCUUUUACCCGGACAUGUCCUCUUUUUGGGGGCUGUCUGGCCUCGUCUGGGAGAGUUUAUGAAAUCCUUUAAAUGUCCGGGGUUUUGUACGAAAGUUUUGACUUACUGAGUUAGAAUCGCGCAAAAAAACCAACAACCAGAUCCGAUCUUUUUGGGGAUUCAGAAUUUGGUCACCCUAGUUCAUACCAACAUGUGACUAAGACUUCCUCAUUCGCCGCCACCUGUUACUUUAUCUUAAACGUGACUUUUACGUCCAGUCAUGUGGCCACCAUCUCUAAACUCGUGGUUAGGUAUCGGUAAAACGUGGCUGACGUUUCAUCAUCCUCCUCCUGGACUAAGACUCAGACUCUUGGCUGUAGUAUCCUGAGGUGUGACGAUCUUGCCUGGACAUGCGGCUCCCACUAGACUACAGUUAUUUCACAACAGCAGAGCAGACUGAUGCGGGACCGAUACUUCACAUGUAGCUGCCGUGUCCCCCCUCCAAGAACCCCGACCUCAGGGGGUGUCCCUCCACCGAGUGACCAGGAAAACGGUCAGAGGUGAAACUAAAGCUGGAACAGAAAGUUUCCCUGUUUUUGUUAGUUUGGUACUGCUGCACCUUCAGUUUUUAUAUUAGUAAUAAAGUGUGUUGGUGUUGGUAAAUGAGUGAAACUCCGACUUUUCCGACGGAUGAAUGUUUGGACUGUACUUAUUUCGUCUUUUGUCCUGAAGCUUGUUGGAGCACGAUCAGAUUUUCUGGGAAUUUCCUCUGAUUCCGAGUCGCUCAGCAGCUUUCCCUUUCACUUCUCCCACUCUCACUGUUUACUGGAAGUCUUCAAGACCGCUCAGCCGGUUAUCACGGAGACGCUCCUGUUCAAACAGCAGUCCUCUUAAAGAAAACUCUCUGUUUAUCUGGGACGGUCUGGAGGAAACGGGCUGAGCAGGAACAUCAGGACCGUCCGAUCAGCAGCUGCUGAGAUUCAGAUUCACAGAGGAGUGGGUCAUAAAACCCCAGAUCCCCAAGGACUCCGAACGCCCCCGUCUGCUGUGUGUUUAUGAGCUGAAAGAAUGUGAUGAAGUAACAAGUGUGAAUAAAUUUGUCUCUUUUAGAUACAACCAGA